AUGCAAACAGGCGCCGCUCGAGCCCCGCAUGCACUGACCCUGCGUCCGUGUCCACGCACGCACACGAAGCAGUCGCAGCUCAGUAUGGUGGCUCGUUUUUUCACAGUGAAAUAGGGUCGGUUCACAAGCAAACGCAUCUUUUUGAGUUGUGGGGCAACGUCCCCUGUCGACUGCGCAUAAAUGACCACCCCGUCCUUUCACUCAACCUAAGUUGGAGUGAAUUGAGUUGGUGUGUUGGGAAUGAGGGUUAGGAAUCGCGCGUUCAUUGGUAAUCUGUUUAGAAGCGCUCGUCUGUUUAGUGAAGCCUGGCGAUGCGCACCAACCGUUGUCUUCUCUCCACGGUUGGAUUACACGCUCGUCAGUCUCUAA